AUGGAGCUUGUCAAUAGUGUUGGGGAAACGCUGAUUGUGAAACGACCGUUCUAUCGGGUGUCUGAAGAGGCGUAUGAUUAUUUGAUUAAGUUGUUGCGCCGCUUUGUCUCUGAAGAUGAGCUACCGGAGCUUACCGUUGCGAGCAUAUCGACGUUCCUUGAUCAAAUGGACAACGAUGGCCGUCCGCAGAGCUCAUCUGAUAACCGCGGGAGAGAGGCAGAGCCCAGCGAUGCAGGCUCUGUAUUGCAACCGCGCGAAGAUCCGCCUGAGAUGAUCGAGCCAGCAGAGCAUUCGCUGUUCCAAGAAGAGCUGGGAUGCAUGAUGCUCGAUUCAUCGGGGAAAUACCGAUACCUCGGCGCCAAUUCCGCCAUGCGAUGGCAUCACGCGGUACGCAUGGCCAUUGAUCAAGCCGUACCAUCAGACUCUCGUGUCGUCGUACCUCUGAAAACCGGCUUGCUGCCACCAACUACACCCGAGAGCGUCACAAGUCAAUCCCGAGCUGAGCACUAUCUGCCUUCUUACCGGCUCUCGAUGGAAUAUACAAGCCGAUUCUUCGCGCAGGCGCAUUCAAUGCAUUGUUUCUAUUCACCGGAACAGUUUUACGCGUUGCUGGAUCACACGCUGGAACAUAAGGGGAGGAAUGCAAGUCCUUCAUGGCUAUGUUCGCUAUACUCGAUUUUCGCAAUUGGGUCAAUACGGCCUACUGACGCUUUGAGAAGUACUGGAAAGGGCUUUCUGGAUGAUGCCAUGGGUCCUUCGGGGUAUCUCGCAUUGGCGAAGGAAUUGGUCCCCCGAGCAGCAGAUGAUGCUGAUAUUGAGAGUGUGCGGGCAUUCGCAUUAUUAAGCCUGGCAAUGCAUUCGAACUGUUACAGUCUCGGGGCAUAUCUCUAUCUCGGGACAGCGGCUCGAAUCGGAUUCUCUCUCGGUCUGCAUCGCGAUAUAUUCCCAAAGUCUCUCUCGACCGUCGAUCGUGAGCGAUACAGACGAAUCUGGUGGACUGUGUACAUCCUCGACCAUGAAACGGCGAAUCGGUUCGGCUAUCCGUGUGCCAUUGCCGAUAACCUGGGCUUCAUGAAUACAAGUCCAGCCUCGGAACAGAUUCUGGAUCCUUCUCCUAAUAUGCCGCAGGGCUUCCAGACACUUGCUGUCAGUCUAGUACAGUUACACAAAAGGGUCAAUUUGGAAAGUUUCUUGGAGCCAUGUCAUGGUGGUGGCCGGUUACCGAUCAACCUUGUGACACAGAGUAUAACAACACUCAAGAGAUGGUUGGAAAAUGUGCCUUUCCAUCUACGCUGGGACUGCCCUGUUCCACCACAACACUUCCGAUCCAUUGCAGUCCUCCAUCUACGAUACUGGUCCUCGGUAUUAUCAAUAUCCCGUCCAUUCUUGUUACUAUCUGUGACGAAGUCCGGAGAGAUCGAUUCCGCCAUGAGAAUCAAAUGCUACGAUAAACUCAGCAACGCCUGCAUCGAAGCAGCAGAAAUGUCAAUCCGGAUUCUACAACGCAUGAAGGAGAUGAGCGUAUUAUCCAGCUUGACAUUGAACGACGCCCAUUGUGCAGGAGAAGCGAUGUGGAUUCUUAUACUUGCUCUUCGGAAGGCGCAGAGUGCAAAACAUCAGGAUAUGCUGCGCACCUGUCUCAGUGUUCUGGAUAGUAUGGAGAGAGUCGGCUGGGUUGAACGGAUCGUGCCUGAUAUCGAGGCGCGGAUAUACGAGAGUGGCGUGCUGGAUUUGGAGCCGGUCGGCAAUCAAGAGCUGAAUAUGCCGUCGGAUGGACCCGGGAGUUCGGAGAAUGCAGAGUUUGAUUUCGAUGUUUCCCAGUGGGAUGUGUUCCAGACGCACAGUCUUGACUCUUUUGCUGAGCUUAUGAACACGUUCCCUGAUGCGCCUUUUGCGGCGGGGAUGGAGCAUUUGUUUUGA